GCAAGUGCAUUAGCUGUCCUCAGCAAGCAUGGGUGCUCCCACCACAUGCUGCUGGCGCAGCUGCCCUGUCCCUGCAGCUGCCGGUGCCCCAUUGUCCAUCGUGUCCAGGAAUUUUUCAGAUCCUAAUAGCAAUAAGCACGUGCGUGGGGGUGUGCCAAGGAGAAGGGGAAAGUUUGUUGCGUGGAGAGGUGUUUUUGACCUUGCAAACUCAAUUCCUAUUCCACAGCCGAAGAAUUUGGAAAAGGUUUGGCUGGGCGCACAGCAGCCCGCGAGGAGCCAAGGCUGGGCACCAGCAGUGCUCUGCCUCAGCCACGCCGGGGUUUUCCUGCCAGCGGGACCCAGAAUUGCUGAGGACACCUUCCAAAUGGCAAACAGCGCUAACUUGCGAAUACGCAUUAGCAUAAAUACAGCAAUGCCAAAUACAGCUGACUAAAAAGCGCACACACAUCAAUGUGGAAGUGUGCAUUAAUCCCUUUUUUAAAAAUACACAAGUGCCCACUUUGCAUUUUAAUUUUAUGCGAUUGCAGUGCAAUCUGCAGAAAAAAAGGCCUCACUUCUGGUGUGCAAACACUUGUCUUCACCGAGCUCCUUCCAGCAUUGCCAAAGCCCCCCCGUCGGUUGUGUUUCAGCCUUGAGAUAUAGAUCACAAGGAUAGAUGGCAACUGAUUUUCCUUGUCACUUCAGCCAGGUUUAACCAGUACUACAUGUUAGUUAAAUAGUAACUGAUUGAAAUUACACUUAUUGAGGAUUAUUUAGGUGGCAGACAUAUUGCACAUUGUAUUUAAUUAACCAUUUUAUGUUCAAUACAAAGACAUCAUCUCAUUGCAGUAAUCGUUGCCUGCAAAGUAACCAGACGACUGUGAGAUGGGUAUGUUAUUGCAGUUCAAAACUAUGGAAAAAGAGUGGAUAUGCUGGGCUGCCCGGGGAUGAGCUGGGAGAGGGUUAAUAUGUGUAGGAAAGGGACGAGUGAAGGUGUAGGGGGGGUGGCCACAAGCACCUACAUGCGAAGCCAUUGAAGUAACAGGGAGCAGGCAGCUAAAUGCGGGAGGGUAAGUGGCCGAGGAGGGACAGGUCGUGUUUAUCCAUGCAGAAUUACAGGGCUGAGCAGGGCACGUUUCCCAGGUGGCACUGCCAAAAGGGUGUGGGAGGAGUGGAGCUGCUUGCUGUUCCCCCACGGGCAUGCCAAGGGUUUUUGGUGGGAGGCUGUGUUAUGUCAGAAUGAUUUCUUUUCUCCCUUAGCUGACUAACAUAGUUCACUUGGAAGAAACGGAAUAGCUAAGCAGGCUGGAGGCACGAUGCAUGUUUUCACUUCCCUGAAAAUGGCCUUUGUAGAACAGCCCUCCCCUCAGAUGCACGUCCACCGCUCCCUGUCUGAAGGCCACACAGUGAUGUCCCGACCUGCCGAGAGCAGUGUUCAGCCCUGCCCUGGGGACUUUCAUCUCAUGCUAACAUCAGAAGGCAUCCUUCACUUUUAGCAGCCAACCAAGAUGUAAACCUGACCUUUGACACAACCCUCUGGCCCUGUCCUGCAGCUCUUUGUCGCCCUGUUCACCCACCAUCUGCCCUACCAUCCCAGACGCGAUGACAUCUUCUACCCUCCUUGCACUCUUGCCCUUGGCAGUCCCACUCUUGCUCUAACUAAUGGGGCUGUGGGGACUGGGGCUGAGUUUCGACCUUGUACGAUGGUAAGUCUGCAACCUGUCCCACCUCUCCUUUCUCCAUGUGUCAGCGCAGGGACUCCUCUAGGCAGGGACCUCUCUCCUGGAUCCUAUGGGAUGCUUCAUGUGCUUGCGGUCAGGUUAAACAAACAGCAGCUCUGCCACUGCCACGGUGAGGAAGAGAGGGCUAAUGUAUUAUAUAAAUAAUAUCCCUGCAACAUUUAAGAAAGAACAAUGCAGAGGAUUGAAUGAAUUAUUAUAAUUUAAAGUCUAUUGUGCUUAUAGAAUAAGAGCGAGCAUAUUCAUCGGUCCAUAUGUCUCAACAGUUGGCUGGAAAUGUAGUCAAAAUUUUACCCAACCCUCUCUAGUUUCCCUAACCAGUGUGCAGUUUCUCUGAGAUACCCAUAUGUUCACAGUUAACUUUAUCUAUUAAAUUGAUUUGGAAAUUAAUUUGGCAACACAAAAUCCCAUAGGAUAAGGAAGUCAACAUCUUCAUCUACCCUCCUUUUUUGAACAGGUCAUGACUUAGGCUAAGGUUAGAAAAUCAGAACUUGAGUUUUCACUGUAAUUUGAAUUUCCUCCCCCAGCCUCCUGGCAAGUUGUAGGAAUACAGUUAUUGCCCUACAGAAAUUAUAAUUUUCCUAGUCUGGCAUCCCAUUCCUGGCAGUGAUCUACAGCAGAUGCUCCAGCAGAAGACAAAAACAUUAGGAACCAAAUGGCAACAGAAUUAUGUGCAGGAAUGUCCUCAUUCCCUGAGACACUUCUUCCACAGCAGGCUUGGGCAGUGGGAGAGCUCUCCAGCAGGAGAGAGAACACCUUUCUACAAGCCCAUAGCAAGACACUCCAGGUCGAUCGUAUCACUUCUGAGAGCACCGAGGCAUUUAAGAUAUCGCCAAUGUGCUAAUGUUACUGCUCGGAUCUCGGGGCUUCCUUUGUGUGAAAGCUGCUCUGUUCAGAGGAAGCAGGAGCUGAAGGAGCCGCAUGUUCCAGAAAUGCAGCUUCCAUACUGCGCUUGUGAGGGCACGGCUAAAGUUCUGCUGCCUACCUGCUGCCCGAUGAAGGCUGGAGUGGCCGCCCUGGCAGCCGGCAUCCUCGGUGGCACCGGCAUCUUGCUCUUCCUCGUUGCUUUUGGGACAGACUACUGGCUUCUGGCGACGGAGUCCUGCGGGGUCUUUGAGCAUGGGAAUAGUACUCUGCAGACUGGGCAGGCUGAAACACUGACUGAGGUCAGGAAGGAGAUCCUCACUUUCCAUCAUGAGGGCUUCUUCUGGCGGUGCUGGUUCUUCGGCGAGGGCCACCCAGAGACCAUCUGGACCUUCUGGUACACCAGCCAAGCACACCCCAAGUUCUGCAUGCAUGGCUACCUCUUUCCCAUGCCCAUCGCUCUUGGACCUUUCCCCCACCCUACCUACGACACGACCGCAGUGUACAGAGGCUUCUGGACGGCGUUCAUCAUGCUGGCCGUCGCCGCUGGGCUGGUGGGAGGGCUGCUGCUGGUGUGCGGCGUGCCCUUCGUCAGCCCCCGGUCCUACAAAGUGGGAGGCGGAUUCCUCCUCACCUCGGGAGGUUUAUUUCUCCUGCUCAUAUUUCUCUUCGUGAUGUGGAAGGAGUUUGUCGCUGAUUUUCAGAAGUACAUCCUUCUGGAGAGGAGUGAGAAGUGCAUGGACGACAUACCCGUGCACGUGUACUACGGGUGGUCCUUCAUGUUUGCCGCAGCGGGGGUACCCCUCGUUUUGCUGUCUGGACUCCUCUUCUACCUGGUCGGCAGAGACAUUCUGAAGUCCCUGGAGUAAGAAAGUUUGGGGAAGGCCUCUGAGAAAAUUGGUAAUGCUCCUUUUGAUGAAAUAUACACAAGUUUUGAGGACUAGAUGAUUGUUGUAGCUAUAAUCAUCAGCAUAGGUGCGUGAUUACACCCUUACAUGGAGGCAGGGAUGGAGCAGUGAGCAUCCAACCUCUCAGUCCAAAACCAGCCCCAGAUGAGCAUCCAGCUUCAGCAUUUUUAUACUUUGGAAAAAUUUAGACAUGUGUAUGGGUUUUGCAUCGGCUUUCUCUGCAGCCCAUGGAAGAGCCUUCGCUGCAAACAGUCAAAACCCCUGAGUUUUAUGGCAUUCCCAGCAUCUUUGUUUCUUGUAAAAGGUAAUCGAAUCUGGCUGUGACAGUGUACGCUGUAAUGUCUAUUUCUGAAAAGCAAUUAAGGAUGAUUUUUUUUUUUAGCUGACUCUAAUUGACGUCAAAGGACAACCAUUUUAAUGGGAUGUCAGGAAACGUGAGAAAUUUUUUUCUCUUUUUUUGUAAAAAGCCCUGAUUCUGAAAAUACAAGUGUACCUGGACCUAACCUAACUUUCAAUAAGUGAAUAAACCAG